UGAAAUGGAGGUUCACUUUAUUUGUACAUAACGAUAAAAUAAAACAAAAUGUUCAAAGGAGGUAAAUCUCGUCCGAACAUUUCUCGUUCAUCGGCGGGUAGCAGAUUCGAAAUGAGAGACCAACCGCCGCCUGAAUACAACGAGAACGAAGAAGGAAACUACUUGGAAAACGAAGACGAAUAUUCGGGAAACGAGGACAACAAUAACAUCAUGGAGUCUGAAUUGAACCUCAAGGACCAAGAAGGAAACGAUAGAAAGCUGCUUGGGGGAGCGGCCGAUUUAGCCGACAAGUUUUCAAACAUGGUGAAUUUGAGAAGGCAUGUUCAGAAGUGGGCGAGUUGUGUGCCUUCGAAGAGGAAAAUAGGAAUCAAGAAAGAUGGAAGCGGAACUGUGGAUGUUCCCAGUGAUCGCUUCAUUCCAGUCUCAGGGUACGUGAAGUUGAAUGAAAUGGGAAUCUGUGAGCUGGGAAGUGACGUAGAAGAUGAACUUCUCCCCGUGGACUCCAACGUACCAGAAGAGCGAGACAAGAUCAGAAAACACAAUGCCUCGAUCACCCAAAGCCAAGCGCUUCUCCACUACUUUGCCAAACUAGCCCGAAGUGAUGACAUCGACGAGGAGAUUGAUAUGGCUUUUGUGGAUGGUCUGAUCAAGUCAGGCGCAGACGUUAAUACAAGAGACGUUUUCGGCCAGAGUUUACUUCACGAAGUAGCGAGGGCGUGGCAUACUUCAGUUGCGGAGUAUCUAAUAGACAAAGGGGCGGAUGUGAGUGGUCGGGAUUACUUAGGAAGGACGCCACUGCAUGUUGCGGCUGCGGUUGAUUAUCCAGACAUGCUCGAAAUGCUACUGGAAAGUGGAGGUAUCCUCGAGGCUCAAACAUUUGAAGAGAAUCAAACGCCACUGCAUUUUGCGGCUCGCAACGAUGCCAGCAAUGCACUCCUGAAACUGAUCAAGUGUCGGGCAGAUCUAGAAGCGCAAGAUUACAAGGGAAGAACUCCUCUGUUCGUGGCAGCUGAACUGGACAGGAGCGAUACUGCCAGGAUGUUGUUGGAGUAUGGUGCUAACGCGGGAGUGGUGGACAAGUCAGGAAUGGCUGCUAUUGUGCUGAUGGUGCGGAAAAUGUCACCGGUGGCCAAAGAAGCACUGGACCAGUUCCACAAGAAAGACAGGGCAAACCGGAAGCAGAUGUUUUAUCUGGACAAAUUGGAACACGUCAAAGCAGACCAAGAAGAGGUUGCUGCACAAUCUGCGCUGCAAGUGAUAGUCGACUUCAACAAACUAGACCUGAUCAUGCAUCCAAUAUUCGAGAAACUGAUAGAAGUCAAAUGGGCCAAAUUCGGACUGAAGGGAGCCCUGUUCCAGCUGUCAAUCAAUCUUCUAUUUGUGGCUUCGUGGACAGUCCAGGCACUGGCUGAACCCUCGGGAGAACCCUGGAAGUAUUCGCUGCCAGAUGACGUUUGGAGAAUAGCUCUAUAUGGCGUAUCGGUUACUCUAUGGCUCUAUCAAUUCGUCAAUGAAAUUUUUGAACUGCGCGACUCUAAAAAGCAGUUCAGCCGUUGGUAUAAAUGGAGAAAAGAGCAGCUGGAAAAAGACUUCAAAUACGUGCACCAGAGAUGGCCAGAGGAAGAGAACUACCUGCGCUUGGAACUUCACAGUCUGCAAGACCAGGAGCCCAGUUACUUCUACGACCUCUGGAACUGGUUCGACUGGGUUACGUACUUUAUCCUCCUCAUCCAACUCAUCAUGCACGUCGUUGACAUCCUCUUUCACCACAGCACCUUAACUGAUGUCCAGAGGGGCACUUUUUCAGUCGCUAUUAUUCUGAUUUGGGUGCGGUUGAUGAAGAAUUUCAGGGCGUUCAGACAAGUGGGUCCGUUUAUAGUUAUCUGCACGUACAUGAUCAAGGAUAUAUUCAGAUGGCUGUUCGUCUAUCUCAUAUUCUACAUUCCAUAUUGCGUGGCCUUCUACAUGAUCUUCGGUCAGAACGAUAUCGAAGGCUACGAGACGUUCAACUUGGUCAUGUACUCUCUCUUCCGAAUGACCCUUGUGGAUGACUACAAUUAUGACGGACUGGCGAGCAACAACCUGGCGAUGGCUCAGAUACUCUGUGGAAGCUUCCUGGCUAUCUCUGCAAUUGUCAUGCUCAACCUGUUCAUCGCUCUUAUGUCGGAUACCUUCCAGAGGGUGUAUGAUAAUGCGAUAGCGAAUGCGCUUCUACAGCAAGCUAACUUUAUCCAGUCGGAGGAGGAGGGGCUGAGAGACACACAGCUGAAUGAGUUCAGAGACUACAUCCAUUCCUACUGCUCCCCCCUCAAGGAGUACUACGAUGACGACUGGGAGGAGUCGGAGGAUGACCUGAAGAAAGUCACCAUUCAGAUCAAGGAAAAAAUGGACGAGUAUUUGGAAAAAGCUGAAGACGAGCGAAGGGAGCGAGACAUCGGUAUAUCAGACGGCGAGCUUCCUCAAGACUUGAAACUUCUCUGCGACACAGUCCAAGCAUCGAUGAAGGGAGACGGGAAGAAAGUGAAGAAAGAAAUCUCCCAGUUGAGGAAAGAAGUCGCUGAGUUGAGGCAGAUUCUGGUAAUGAUGACAUCGACAGGAGUGUCCGGUGGCCGCGGAGGAGCAGGAAUGAAGAUGGAAAGGAGGAAUCCAAGUGUUGCAGCGUCGGAAGAACAGAAUAGUGGACGUUAUAGCAAGAGAGCAAGUUCCAAGAGAGAUGGGUCUUCCGAUGCGGAUGACUCGAAUAAAUCUGGAAGAAAGCGGGAACCAGAAAGGACGGUGUCUGGCACUAGAAGAACGGACAAGCUGAGCAGAUCGAAUAUCUCAAAGACCAAUUUAAUCUCUCCAUCCUCCCGUAAACUGGCAGAGGUGGAGGAAGAUGAAGAUGAAAUGUCUUCCAGAGAAUUUUACGACAAAUCAGGAGAAAGUGGAGAAGAAAGUGACCUGCCCCUGCACGAGGAACCGCCACUCUACAUGUCCAAGGAGGGUUUGACAACUGCUGGGGAGCCAUCUUCGUCUCUAAGGCCUAAAAGGUCAAAUCGAGGGGAAGACACCUCCACUAUCCAGAGGCCCCGGCAGACUGUAAGACAGAUCCAGGUCAUGCCAGAUGAAAGCAAUGUGAGCGAACUGCUGGCCAGGUACCAGAAUAUGGAUAUGACGGACGGGGGAGUGGGGGAUUCUUCUACUCCGAAGGUGGAAGUCAGAACCAGAAACAUCACAUCUGUGCCUCCAAGCUACAACUCACAGAAUCCAUCUACCUGAACUCUCUCGGAAAAUCCGAUUUGUGAAAAAAUGAAGGUUCCGUUUUACCUUUCUAUCGCCUGUAAAAAUCUGUAUAUUAAAAACAGUGUCUAAAUUGUACAAAAUAUAGAUGCCCAAUUUGUCUAAAUUGUAAAGUUUAUUGCGAAAGAUUAGUUGAACAAAUUGUAAAUAAUUACUAAAAUCAAUUUAAAUUGCCAUUUCUAAAUCUAAUUCAAUCCGAA